AGACCUGAUCAAAACACAGCGCCGCCAGCGCCUCUUCAUGGUGCUGUGUCUGCAAACCACAGAAGCGACAAAUCUAUGCUCUUUACACCAGAAAACGGCACCGGACAUGCAGUUAAGAAUGUCCACCUUUUCAUCAUCUCUGGAUUAACUGCAGUAAAAGAAGUUUGUUUUCCUUGAUGCUGCUUUUAAAAUUUCUUUUGAUUUGAGACUGAGACCAUUGCUGCCAUGGCUAUCAACUCAGAUGUGGAGGACUGGGGUGGAAUGGGCAGCACAGACUCUGGAGAGAGGGCCCGGCUGCUGCAGAGCCCCAGUGUGGACUCUGUGCCCUACAUCGAGACAGAGAGAAGAGGUGGUGGUGUGUCCUCUAUUGGAGCUGUAUUCAUUGUAGUCAAUGCUGCACUGGGAGCAGGCUUACUCAAUUUCCCUGCAGCCUUCAGUAUGGCUGGAGGAAUUACAGCCGGAGUGAUGCUACAGAUGUUCAUGCUGAUCUUCAUUAUCAGUGGGUUGGUGAUCCUUGGAUACUGCUCCCAGGUCAGUAAUGAAAGCACCUAUCAAGAGGUGGUACGAGCCACAUGUGGGAAGGUGACUGGAAUUUUAUGUGAAGUAGCCAUUGCGAUUUACACAUUUGGCACCUGCAUCGCGUUCUUCAUUGUUAUUGGAGAUCAACUGGAUCGAUUAAUUGAAGCUGCAAAUCAUGAUGGUUCAGGCAGCCACCCUUGGUACAUGGAUAGAAAGUUCACUAUUUCUGUGACGGCAGUUCUGGUUAUACUCCCUCUGUCCAUUCCCAAAGAAAUUGGUUUUCAGAAAUAUGCCAGUGCAAUAAGUGUUGUAGGAACCUGGUACGUUACAAUAGUGGUCAUCAUUAAGUACAUUUGGCCAGAUAAAAACAACAUGCCGGGCUACCUUCCUGUCAGCUCUACAUCUUGGACAGCUGUGUUCAAUGCUAUGCCCACCAUCUGCUUUGGCUUCCAGUGUCAUGUCAGCUGUGUGCCAGUCUUUAACAGCAUGACAAGAAAAGAGAUCAAACCCUGGGGACUUGUCGUAACGCUCAGUAUGAUCAUCUGCCUUUUUGUUUAUACAGGGACAGGUGUCUGUGGCUUCUUGACAUUUGGCUCGAGUGUCCAACAGGAUGUGCUGAUGUCAUAUCCUCCAAAUGACAUUGCUGUAGCAUUUGCAAGAGCUUUUAUUGUUGUCUGUGUUGUCACUUCAUACCCGAUCUUACACUUCUGUGGGAGGGCUGUGAUAGAGGGGCUGUGGCUGCGUUUUCAGGGGGAACAGGUGGAAGUGUGUGUGCGUCGUGAACAGAGGAGGAGGAUCUUCCAGACUCUGGUGUGGUUUAUAGUCACCCUUGUCCUGGCUCUUUUUAUACCUGAUAUUGGACGGGUAAUCUCACUCAUUGGAGGCCUGGCUGCCUGCUUUAUUUUUGUUUUCCCAGGUUUAUGCUUGAUGCAAGCCAAACUAUCUGAGACAGACAAUCGAUCUACCAGCUGGCAUGGGAUGGUCAUCUUCGGUGUGGUCAUGGUGACGCUUGGAGCGUUCAUUUUUGGCCUCACAACAUCAAACUCGAUCUAUCAAGAUGUUAAAACAUGAGAAGUGUUAAACUUGGCAUCUCUCAUCAGAGGCUGCUGCAGAGACAGAAUGUAGUCCAUCACAAGGUACUGUCAAUAGUCACACCUCCAAAGACCUUAUGUGAACCUUGUGGACUUGGAGAU